AUGACAACAAUAUUAAAAUUUGAUUCUAAUCAAUCAACCAAUAUCAAGUUUGUGUGGACAUCACAUGAACUUGUAAACUAUCUUGAACGAGACCAAAAACAACAACAACAACAACAACAACAAGAUCAUCAACAACAUCAACAACAAGACCAACAACAAAUACAAAACAACUUUUAUCGAAUCAAUAUACAUGAAAGAGAUAAUAGGUUUGCACCUUUUAAUACAGAGUUUUCACACAACUUUUUCAAAGAGGAACAAAUCAUGGGAUAUGAUCCACUUAGAUUAAACAUAUUCUUUACUGCUGGUAGUCUCUAUUCGUUUAUUGAUACAAACUAUACUAUCAAAUCUAGAAAUAUUACAAAUGUAGAGAAACAAAUUACUGGUUUCAUGUCAAAAACUGAUCCACCUUUUAGAUCAAUCAAUCAAUUACAAGAUGUAUGUAGUAGUAGUAGUAGUAGUAGUAGUAGUAGUAGUAGUAGUAGUAGUAGUAGUAGUAGUAGUAGUAGUAGUAGUAGUAGUAGUAGGGUACAUUUAGAAAACAAAGAAAAGGAUUUUGUACCAGUUGGAGUUAAAUUAAAAGAAUAUACAAUUGUUGAUAGAGAGAUUGGAGAAGAGAUGGUUUAUGAAAUCUAUUUUGGAAGAAUAUCAGAUCCAGCCGUUCUGAGAUAUCAUGAAAGACUACAAAUAUUCUGUUUGUGGUUUAUUGAUGCAUCGUCAUUUAUUCACUCCAACGACACCAAUUGGGAUGUAUUUUUUAUCUUUGAAAAGAGAAUGAUUGAUGGACAACCACGAUAUGGCAUAGCUGGCUAUUGCACUCUAUACAAUUUCUAUCAUCAUCCAUCUCAAACACGUCCUCGUAUUAGUCAAUUUUUGGUUUUACCACCUUAUCAAAGAAUGGGUCAUGGAAAACAUUUAUUUAAUUCAAUUUAUAAUUAUUAUUUAACAAAUGAUAGUGUAUAUGGACCAUGUUAUGAUUUAACGGUUGAAGAUCCAGGUGAACAAUUUAGUCUUUUACGUAAUACUGUAGAUCUUGGUAACAUUAUGCGUUCUGAAUUGUUUAAAGAUAUUCAACCAAAUAAUUCACUUUCAUUAUCUGCCAAUACUCUACUAUUUGAAAAUAUACGUAAAAAAUUAUUAAUCUCUCCAUCACAAAGCAAAAUAUGUUUAGAAAUUUAUUUAUUAAGUAAAUUAAUGCAUAUGCCAUCAAAUAGUCCAGUCUAUAAAAACUAUAGAAUAUCGAUUAAAAAGAAAUUAUAUAAACAAUACAUUGGAAACGAAGUAGAUGAAAGUAUCAAAGAUGAUCCAGCCAAAUUAAAAGAAGCAGAAGAAAGUAAAAAAAAAAUAUUGUUGGAAUUGUAUAGGACAACAGAGCAAGAAUAUUGUCAAACUAUUCAAUCAUUGGGACUUUAA